AGAUCAUAGCCUUCAUAAAAAAAGGUUUUAUAGUUGAAAAAAAUUAAAAUUUUACAGAAAAACAAAAUUUUUUGGACUUCUUUUAUUUUCAAUGCGAUUUUGUUUCUCUUGAGUGAUAAGGCGAGCAUGAUAACACGAAGAAAUCUUCCUUAUCUCGCGUUUAAUAAAGAAAGAUAUUCAGUCGUGAAAGUUGUUUGAUUUGAUCACCAAUCAAAAAUGGACAUUUCCUUUGGGGGUAAAAGGGUGUUAGUCACGGGGGCUUCAAGGGGCAUAGGGAGGGCUAUUGUGGUCCAAUUGGCCAAAUGUGGGGCCAAAGUCAUUGCAGUGGGCCGCUCCAAGCCUGAUUUAGAAACACUGAAAGCUGAAACGGGGGCUGAAACCCUGGUUUUGGACAUCUCGGAUUGGGGUGAGACGGAAAAGGGGUUGGGGCGAAUUGGUCCAGUCGAUUUACUGGUCAAUAAUGCCGGCGAAGGGAUGAUCAAGGCCUUGGUUGAUUUGGAAGAAGGGGAUGUUGAUCGUGUUUUAGCAAUUAAUACAAAAGCCUUGAUCAAUGUCACUAGAAUCGUGGUCAAGGAUCUCCUAGCUAGGAAAGCCCCCGGUUCUAUAGUAAAUCUCUCAUCUCAAGCAUCACUAGCCGGUCUACUGCACCACACGGUUUACUGUGCCUCCAAGGGGGCUGUCGAUGCGUUCACACGAGCCGCAGCCCUGGAACUCGGCCCCCAUAAUAUCAGAGUCAACUGUGUGAACCCCACGGUUAUUAUGACCGACAUGGGGCGACUGGGGUGGUCUGACCCGAAAGUGGCCCAACCCAUGCUUCAAAAAAUACCCCUGAGGAGGUUUGGAGAGGUUCGAGACGUCGUCGAUGUGGUUUUGUUUCUCUUAAGUGAUAAGGCGACUAUGAUUACCGGCACUUGUUUACCUAUUGAUGGAGGAUUUGUAGCUUGUUGAAUAAAUAUCUAAAUCUAA